GUGUGUGUGUGUGUGUGUGCGCGUACCAGGUGUUUGCUCUGGGUCACAGGCUGCUGUGGCUUUUCUGCUAACAGGAAGUAGAGUUAUGUUGUGGGAGCAUGCCUUUGCUCUCAUGUAUGUUUCUGCUGCAGCUCCUGUCUUCAGCAGGGAAUGCAGGCUCUCUCACACGUAUGACGUGGAGAGCAUUCCCAAUGUGUAAUAUACAUCUGCAACUGGUAAAUGUUUCACCAGUUGCAGAUUCACGUUUCCAGCUCACAUUUCGUCGUGCACUUGUGCUGCAAACAAAAGUUAAGCAGCUUUUCCUAUUUCCUGACUUCCCCAGAUAAAAAACAGAAUAACUUAUGUCACUCAAAGGAGAAAACAAGUGCCUCCAAGUGUUUAUUAUGUUCUACUCCAUGAACAUCAAAUCCCAGCCCAUGUCUGAGGAGUAAAUGAACAAUUCCUCGCAGAUGUCUUGAUGUCAGGUGGACUAAAUGUUGUAGUUCAGUUCCAAUGAGCUAAAAACAGAACUCUGGUGGACCACGCCAAUACUCGUAGCCGUUAAAACCGGUCCACUGGUGUUUUAUAUGCUGAUUUUGAAGGUAAAAUGCAUGAGGACACGAUGGAGGGGCUCAGAUACCAUCAACACAGCCUGAUGAGACUGACGAACCAAUCAGCGUGACUUCCUUCUCCAUCUCAAACAGACAGACGGAGACACCCCGACUGCCAGCAGAAACCAAAUCCUUCGGCAACCCAGACCCAGCGCUUCUUUAGUUUAAGAAAAGCAGCCAGAAGUUAAAACACCAUGAAAUAUCAGGUGGUGGUCCUCUGCGUUCUGGCAGCAUUUAGCAUUAAUCAGGCUGCGGGAGCGAACUUUAUAGAUGUAACGAAGAAAGCAGACGGAAUCGAUCUGACUUGUAAGUCAGAGGGUAAUAACAACAAGGCCGAUGUAAAUAUUACAGGAAAUGGUCUAAAAGGAAAUCCCAUAUACCUGUCAUACCGCGAUAAUAACACUGGAGAAUACGAAUGCGGAGACGGUGGACCAAAAAUCUUUGUAAAAUUCCGGACGUGCGACAACUGUGUAGAGCUUGACACCUUCUCCGUCGUGGGCCUGGCGGUAGGAGACGUGGUGGCUACCGUCGUGGUUGGAGUGGCCGUCUAUCUGAUCGCGACCCAAGCUCGGACGAGUCAAGUCAAACCAACCAAGAAAAGGUCUGACAAACAGAAUCUGAUUCGUAAUGACGGUACCAACGACGUAAGCUACCAGCCGCUGAAAUACAGGAAAGGAGAGAGAGCCGAGUACGACGUGCUCAACAAGAAGUAGGGAGGAGGGCCGAGCUAACGGCGUACUGCAAGCAAACUUUGACUGGAGGAAACUUCUGCUCCUGCUCCCGGUCCCCAUCAGAACAGUGUUUAAUGUGGACAGCUUGUCCCGUCCUGUAAACUGAUCUGUGUAUUAUAUUUGUAUAAUAAUCUCCAUUUAUCAUUUAUGAUGCUUUGAAAAUGGCUGUUGUAGAAUGUUUAGUUGCAGGCACAUUUUUAUAAAUGUUGAAAACCAUCAAGUUGCAUUCAUAUUUCUAUAGUGAUAAUGUAGUAAAACAAUCUUCUAAUUUCUAUUUUCUAGCAAUUAAAAUAAUAUCUUCUCAAAUUAGGUAAAUUCUUAUAAGAUGCCAAAUGAUGUGCAACGUAUUAUUAUUGUAUUAUUUUAGACCUACUGCAGCUUUUUAUCAUUAGACUGUAGGUAAUAGGGGGAAAGAGGUAUAUAUACUUUUAUGUUACGUGAUCCAUUCUUGUCUAAUUGCAUGUUUUAUUUUGCCUUGAAUUUAACAUAUGUUCAUGUUACGACACAUUUCGAUAAAUUGAGUUAUUUAUAUUACAGAUCAACACAAAAUAAUACUACAUUGUGGAAGAGAAAAAUAUUCAUAGUUUUCAAAAUGCUUUAACAAAUAAAAAUCAGA